UGUGUUAGGACUUCAGGUGCUUUUUGGCACAAAGCUAGACUGCGACCUCCUACCAUAGCGCUUGGCGUCACCUGCUCUCCCGGCCCUGCCCCGGGGCCGAGGGAUUGCGUCCCGAACCAGGCUUGGGAACCGGCUGCCUCUCAAAUGAACCUCUAGUCUUGCUUUGAAAAAGCCAUUUUGUGUAACUCUUGACUGAAUAAUUUCCUAAUACACCUGUUGGGAGGAUCACUGAUACAGUAUGCCAUUUGAGAGGUACUUUUUCUUGACCAAAUACUCUCUUGAUUAGAGAAGAGAGGUGUUUUGUUUUUUUGUUUGUGUUUUCCUGGUCAUUAUGAACAUUGGCUUUUCACCCCUGAAGUAAAAAUGUUGAAAACCGAGUCUUCAGGUGAACGAACCACUCUCAGAAGUGCCUCUCCUCACAGGAAUGCAUAUAGAACUGAGUUCCAGGCACUGAAAAGUACCUUUGACAAACCCAAGUCAGAUGGGGAACAAAAAACAAAAGAAGGUGAGGGCUCCCAGCAGAGCAGGGGGAGGAAAUAUGGCUCCAAUGUCAACAGAAUUAAAAAUCUAUUUAUGCAGAUGGGUAUGGAACCCAGUGAAAAUGCUGCGGUCAUUGCCAAAACAAGGGGGAAAGGUGGACCUUCAUCUCCACAGAGAAGAAUGAGGCCCAAAGAAUUCCUGGAAAAAACAGAUGGCUCAGUUGUUAAGUUGGAGUCCUCUGUUUCAGAACGAAUUAGUAGAUUUGACACAAUGUACGAUGGCCCUUCAUAUUCUAAGUUCACAGAAACUCGGAAGAUGUUUGAGAGAAGUGUGCAUGAGUCAGGACAAAACAGCCGCUAUUCCCCAAAGAAAGAGAAAGCUGGAGGGAAUGAACCUCAGGACGAAUGGGGUGGCUCCAAGUCCAACAGAGGCAGUACUGAUUCCUUGGACAGCCUUAGCUCCCGGACGGAGGCUGUUUCCCCAACUGUGAGUCAACUGAGUGCAGUAUUUGAGAACACUGAUUCCCCCAGUGCCAUGGUUUCUGAGAAGCCUGAAAACGAAUACUCAGUGACUGGGCAUUAUCCCCUGAAUCUACCAUCUGUUACUGUUACAAAUCUUGACACCUUUGGUCACCUUAAGGAUUCAGAUUCUUGGUCUCCUCCAAGCAAACACGGUGAUGAUGCAGAGGAUGCUCAGAAGAGUAAUACAAGUCCUGUACCAGAAGUGGCUUCGAAAAGUACCUCUCUAGCUUCAGUGCUUGGUGAAGAAACACAGCAGAGCAAGGAAGCCGAGGACUCCACAUCUAACCAAGAGACUCCUGACAGAAUUGACAGAGAUCUUCCUGAGGAACCUUGUGCUGCAAAUAAGGCGAUGCCAGAGUCUGAAAUCCUUUCACCACAAAACGAACCUUUAGAAGAUGCCGAAGCUAAUUUAGUUGGGAGUGAGGCAGCAAUGCAUCAGAAGAAAGAACUUGCAGGUGGUGAUUUUACCUCUGCUGAUGCUCCUGGAUCCAGUUGUGGAAAGGAAGUACCCGAAGAUUCAAAUAAUUUUGAGAGUUCCCAUGUUUACAUGCACAGUGACUAUAAUGUGUAUAGGGUAAGAUCCAGGUAUAAUUCAGACUGGGGAGAGACAGGCACUGAACAGGAUGAGCAGGAAGAUAGUGAUGAAAACAAUUACUAUCAACCAGAUAUGGAGUACUCGGAGAUUGUUGGAUUGCCAGAAGAAGAAGACAUCCCAGCAAAUAGGAAAAUUAAGUUUAGUAGUGCUCCAAUUAAGGUUUUCAGCACAUACUCCAAUGAAGACUAUGACAGGAGAAACGAUGAAGUGGACCCUGUGGCUGCUUCUGCCGAGUAUGAACUUGAAAAGCGUGUAGAAAAGCUGGAACUUUUCCCAGUGGAACUAGAAAAAGAUGAAGAUGGACUUGGUAUAAGCAUUAUUGGAAUGGGUGUUGGAGCAGAUGCCGGGCUUGAAAAGCUGGGAAUAUUUGUCAAAACAGUAACAGAAGGUGGUGCUGCCCAGAGGGAUGGCAGAAUACAAGUCAAUGACCAGAUUGUGGAAGUGGAUGGAAUCAGCUUGGUGGGUGUCACACAGAAUUUUGCUGCAACAGUUCUCAGAAACACCAAGGGCAAUGUCAGAUUUGUUAUUGGGCGAGAAAAGCCAGGACAAGUGAGUGAGGUUGCCCAGUUGAUAAGCCAGACGCUGGAACAAGAAAGGCGCCAGAGAGAGCUGCUGGAACAGCACUAUGCCCAGUACGACGCCGACGAUGAUGAGGUAACGAUGGAGGAUUUCAGUAAGCCCCUCACACAGUCAGCACUAUCCCACGAAAUUCUGGGGAACACUGUGGCUGAAUUGCAAGGAGUGUCUGGCAACUGCAAUAACAAUAACAACUAUUUCCUUAAGACAGGAGAAUAUGCCACAGAUGAAGAAGAGGAUGAGGUAGGACCUGUUCUUCCUGGCAGCGACAUGGCCAUUGAAGUCUUUGAGCUGCCUGAGAAUGAGGACAUGUUUUCCCCAUCAGACCUGGACACAAGCAAGCUCAGUCACAAGUUCAAAGAGUUGCAAAUCAAACAUGCAGUUACAGAAGCAGAGAUUCAAAAAUUGAAGACCAAGCUGCAAGCAGCAGAAAAUGAGAAAGUGAGGUGGGAACUAGAAAAAACCCAACUCCAACAGAAUAUAGAAGAAAAUAAAGAGAGAAUGUUGAAGCUGGAGAGUUACUGGAUUGAGGCUCAGACGUUAUGCCACACGGUGAACGAGCACCUCAAAGAGACUCAAAGCCAGUAUCAGGCCUUGGAGAAGAAAUACAACAAGGCAAAGAAAUUGAUCAAGGAUUUUCAACAAAAAGAACUUGAUUUCAUCAAAAGACAGGAAGCAGAAAGAAAGAAAAUAGAAGAUUUGGAAAAAGCUCAUCUUGUGGAAGUUCAAGGUCUGCAAGUACGGAUUAGAGAUUUGGAAGCUGAGGUGUUCAGACUACUGAAGCAAAAUGGGACUCAAGUUAACAAUAACAACAACAUCUUUGAGAGAAGAACAUCUCUUGGUGAAGUCUCUAAAGGAGAUACCAUGGAGAACUUGGAUGUCAAGCAGACAUCUUGUCAAGAUGGCCUAAGUCAAGACUUGAAUGAGGCAGUCCCCGAAACAGAGCGCCUGGAUUCAAAAGCACUGAAAACCCGAGCCCAGCUCUCUGUGAAGAACAGACGCCAGAGGCCCUCUAGGACACGACUCUAUGAUAGUGUCAGUUCAACAGAUGGGGAAGACAGUCUGGAACGAAAGCCUUCAAACAGUUUCUAUAACCACACGCACAUUACCAAAUCACUUCUGCCCAAGGGUUUGAGAACUUCUCCAGAAUCAGAUUCUGGUGCUCCAUCCCUCACUCCAGUGGCAGGCAGUGUGCCCUUCUCGUCUGACCACAUAACUGAAUUUCAAGGAGGACCGCUGCACCCAGAACAGGAGCCUUCCUCCUCUACGUGGGGAGACACUUCACUCUCCUCUCCUUCAAAAUCUGAUCAUGAUAUGGAAGAAUCUCCUUGCCACCAUCAGGCCACAGUCAAGCAAAUAUCACAAGAGAAAGAUGGUGCCAAAGAUCCCAAAUCACUAAGGGCAUCCAGUUCACUGGUGGUGCAAGGAGGAAAAAUUAAGCGCAAGUUUGUGGAUCUGGGGGCACCUUUGCGAAGGAAUUCCAACAAGGGAAAGAAAUGGAAAGAAAAAGAAGCCAAUAGAUUUUCUCCAGGUAGCAGGGAGAGAGAGAUGCCAAGAUACACAACGGGAAAGAAGCUGGGACACUUCUCUGGUAACACUGCAGUCCUUUUGGUCCCUGGACUUCUGAGACAGUCACUACCUGUCACCUUCAGGCUCCACCCUAAAAGGAUCUUCAGAGGCAGGCUGGAACACUGGAAACCGAAGCCAUCCCCCACAGCGCAGGUCACCACCCGCUCACCAUGCAUGCCUUUCUCGUGGUUUAACGAAAGCCGAAAAGGAUCCUAUUCUUUCAGAAACCUGCCUUCACCUACAAGUCCCCUUCAGUCUUCUCCUGAAACUCUAAUUUCAGAUAAAAAGGGGUCCAAGAAUUUUACCUUCAAUGAUGACUUCAGUCCCAGCAGCACCAGUUCGGCAGACCUGAGCGGCCUAGGAGCAGAACCCAAAACUACAGGGCUCUCCCAGUCCUUAGUGCUGUCAUCAGAUGAGAGCCUGGAUAUGAUAGAUGACGAGAUCCUUGAUGAUGGACAGUCUCCCAAACACAGUCAGUGUCAGAAUCGGGCCGUUCAUGAAUGGAGCGUGCAGCAGGUUUCUCACUGGCUAAUGAGCCUAAAUCUGGAGCAGUAUGUAUCUGAAUUCAGUGCCCAAAACAUCACUGGAGAGCAACUCCUGCAGUUGGAUGGAAAUAAACUUAAGGCUCUGGGAAUGAUGUCAUCCCAGGACCGAGCAGUGGUAAAAAAAAAACUGAAGGAAAUGAAGGUAUCUCUAGAGAAGGCUCGGAAGGCCCAAGAGAAAAUGGAAAAACAAAGAGAAAAGCUGAGGAGGAAGGAACAAGAACAAAUGCAGAGGAAGUCUAAAAAGAACGAAAAGAUGACAGCUGCCACAGAGGGCGCUGGUGAGCAGUAACACACACCCUCUCUCAGACAAGUCUCCCCUCUUCCUGCCCCACUCUCCUCCGGAGGAUUAAGGAACUGAUGGCAGGGGUGAUGUGCGCUAGGCAGAUGGGGGAACCACGUGUUGCAUAACUGCAUUUUCUGCAAUAAUCGAAUACUAUUUUAAUUUUUGCCUACUGAAAUAAUCCCAAGCCUCCUUUGGUUUCUUGCCAAACCAAGGAUCUCAUUUGUGAAAGAUGCAAAAUAGCUGUGUUUCUCUCUCUCUUACUAUGCUCUUGUGUUGUGUUGGGUGGGUUGCGUUGCUUGGAAAAUGGAUGUCACCCUGCCCAACAAAAGUGUGAAACACCCCAGGUAUUGUUAAUGGAGGGCCGUGACUUUUCAGUCUGGGAAUCCUGAAACUGGUCAAUAGCACAUAUCUGCAUGGCCGAGAGCACCACUCUGCCAUGAGAUCUGGGCUCCAGAAUCUACCCCAGCAUGUGGGAAAGUGUCCCCCUCAUUUUUGUGUCUGGACAGUGAGACAACCCCACUGUAGAAACAUGGGUGCUCUGUAACAUGAUUACGUACUGUGGCCAAAGGCAAGCAAACUCUUCUGUUUGCGGGGCACCAGAAAGAGAGAAAAGAAUUAUAGUUAUUUGUUAACCCCAGAAGGAAGCAAAAAGCCUUAAGAAUGUGGAUGUGGGUAUUACCUUGGGGUUCUGAGAGUAACAUUUAUCCUCCAGAUUUAGCCGAACAAAGAAAAAAAUCAGACAUUAGCACAGCCAUGGGAUAUUGGGAUCCAUUGUUUACUUUGCUACUGCUGCAUGUUCAGUACUUCAGCAACACUGACACACAUAACGUAGUUCCUUUUCCCCCCAACAAAUUGAACAGGAAAUUGAUUUUUAAGGAAACCAACGUUUUCAGGUUUCCUCUCCUGGGGAACAUUCUGGCUAGUCUUCGGCCUGACUGUGACACAAUCAGGAACUUGUCACAUAUUUUCUACUUAAGAUUUCCCAAGUGGGCUCAGUUAGUGUUUUAACAAAUGUACUUUUAAGAAAAAUAGAAAUACCAGUUAGAGAAAAUUUAGAUUUGAGUAACGUUCAACCAGAGAAGCUAUUUUAUUGAACACACGGAAUGUUCCCGUAAAGGAGAGCUGACAGUUACAUUUUAGAGAUGUUUCGAAUGUUUUUUCUGAGCCAUUCUCUUUCACUCUUUAGAGAUUUCCACUUUACGGUUCAAGUUUGUUUAAGAGAGUACACAGGAUACAGUCUACCAGUGGAGACAGUUAAUACUUAUUUUAAACCCAGUAUUAAGGAUUUCAGUAUUUCAUCAAAUUAAUUCAAGUGUAGGAGAUUAGGGCAGAAGGAGGCAAAAAUAAAUUUAUCUGGAGAGAUUUCAAAUGA